AUGAGUCUGACUUCCUGGUUCCUGGUGAGCGGCGGGGGGACGCGUCAUCGUCUCCCCAGGGAGAUGAUCUUCGUGGGGAGGGACGACUGUGAGCUCAUGCUGCAGUCCCGCAGUGUGGACAAACAACACGCUGUCAUCAACUAUGAGCCGAAUACAGACGAACACAAAGUUAAGGAUCUGGGCAGCUUAAAUGGGACGUUUGUCAAUGACGUGAGAAUACAGGAGCAAAUCUAUGUCACGCUGAAAAUUGAUGACAAAUUGAGGUUUGGAUACGAUACCAACCUGUUCACUGUGGUUCGAGGCGAGCUGCAUAUUCCUGAGGAGGCCCUCAAGCAUGAGAAAUUCAGCAGCCAGCUUCAGCUGAACCAGAAGAAGCCUCCAGAGGUGGAGCUAUUUAAAUCAGAGGCGAAACCCUCUGAGGCAACAGCAGCACCUGUGUGCGAGGGGGCCGCCGCUAAGCCCAAUGAGGUCAGCAGGGCAGACGACAAGACAACAGUGGAUGUAGCAGUUUUGCACAGGGGUACCCCCCUUUAUGGUCAGCCUGCCUGGUGGGGUGAUGGAGACACUGAUGACCAGCAGCCAGGGAGACCUGAGGAAAAGAGCUCAGACCGGAAUCGAGAAAAAACUGAAACAGACACCAAGAAAAGUGCAGAGGUCCCAAAGUACUCCCCACAAAGCACCUCCAAUCAGGAGCCUAGCUACUUCGAGAUCCCAACCAAGGAUACUCCCUCAGCAGGUAAAGUGAGUGGUGAGGCCCCCGCACGAGAACAAGAGGCUGGUUCUUCUGCUGCUGCAGAGCCGAUUCAUGGCCACGCUUCCUUCACGAUUGAGUUUGACCCCGGGGCGUCAGGUAAAGUCACUGUAAAAGAUCGAGUGGCAAAGGCAGGCCCGGAGACCAGGCCACGUCCUAAACGACCUGUCGGGGAGGAGCUGAGUCCACUUCAGACAGCCAUGGUAGCAGCGGAGGUCAAAGUUGCUGAUUGGCUGGCCCAGAAUGAGCUGCCGUUGGCUCUCAAAGAGACGGUUGCAGAAGAUGAUGGGGAAAGUGUGAAGAGUGAUAUUCCUGUACAGCUGAGGAGUCUUAAAGGCAGUAAACAUGAGGACGGCACACAGAGUGAUUCAGAGAACGCACUUGGAGAGCAGCGCAGGGCUGCGGCACUUGAGGAGCGCUCAUGGGGCCUUUGGGGCGGUGCAGGGAUGAAGAUCAGAGAGGGUCGAGCUAACGUACCUGAGGGGCUCUUCGCAGAGGAGGACAGUCCUGCGCGCCGUCGCAAGUCUUCCACUUCAAAAGUGGCAAGUGGAUUCGUGGAGAGGCGGCGUGGCUCAGCACCACACCAGCAGGGCGGACAUGACGAGUGUCAUCACCAUGGAGAUGAUUAUAGUGACAGAGGGACCUAUACCAUUGAACUGGAGAAUGGAGAUCAUGAAGAAGAAGAGGCUAGGAAAAUGAUUGACAAGGUGUUUGGUGUGGAUGAGCAGGAGGCCGUGUGUGUGUCAAGGUUGGGGGGUGCUGACCAAAGAGAAAGGCUCACCUCCCAGAGGUCUGGAACCGGAGACAGAGGAAAACCUGGACGCAUGGAAACAGAGGUGCUGUCUGAGGAAUUGGUGGUGGGUGGUCCUCGCUGGGUCUCACAGUGGGCUACUCUGGCUGCCAGUCACAUUAGGACAGACCCUGAGGGAUCAGGAGGGGAGAGUCACAUCAUGGUCACAGAGGACAGAGCUGAAGUAAGUGAGUCCAGCCACUCAGCCUCCUUUGCCUCCUCGGGCUACACAGAGCGUAAGAGGAGAACCCUACCCCAGCUGCCUGGUGAGGAGCUCGCCCUGGGAAGGAGGACCCCGGGCUCAGGCCUGCGUACAGAUAUGGGGGAGAAACAGGACACAGAGUUACAGGAGAAGGAGCACCAGGAGGAGAAGGUGGCCAGGGGGAAGAACCGGCCUGGUCAUGGGACAGGAGCUGUGGGCAGUCAUGGUGGAAGCCCCAGUCGUUCCUCACCAGCCAAGUCACAAGACAGCGGUGGCGGGAGAUCAGGUCAGUCAGGUGUGUUGACUAAGCUCCCCCCUCGUCCACUGACCAGUGGGGAAAAGAGAAUGGAGGAGGCACGGAGGAGGAAAAAGGAGGAGGAGAAGGCGAGGGAAAGUAGUGGGAAGCCUUUGUUGCGGCAGGAGAGUUUUACUGUGGAGAAACCCAGCGCCAACGUGCCCAUUGAGCUCAUACCUCGUAUUGAUGGGCUCACAGGCAGCAGAACUCAGAGUAGGGAGACCGGCAUCGACAGUGUCAUGCUACAGAAAGAUUCUGAGGCCGUGGCAGCCUUUUUAGAAACCACUGUUUCAGACCAAGGUGACCCACCAAGUCAGUCCAUCGAAGGCUCCAUGUCACCUGAGUCAGAUGUGGACACAACAAGCACAGUAAGCCAGGCUGACGGAGCGAGGAAAGUUGUCCAGAAACGCAGGACCCUUGCAGGACAGCAGAAGGAGAGAACAGUAGUAUGCUCAUCCAGCAAGGGACCUGCUGGGGGCCGAGAGACCCAGGACAGGAGGGUCAAGACAAAAACAUCUGGUCCUCCACAGCCCAGCCGCCCCUGGACUUCUCUGGACCUCACAGAUGAUGACGUCAACUCCAACUCUCUCCUUUCAGACUCGCAGCCCACCUCGACACAGGGCUCUAGAAGCUCACAUACCAGAGCCCAAACAGGUGCCACAACAGUGGGGACAAGCACCAAGUCUAGUCGGGCUAAGAUCACCCAGCCCCCUGCCUCCUCUGCAGCUAGUAAAACCACCAGUGUCCCCAAGCCCAGGCCCACCAGGGCAUCCUUGCUGAGACGAGCACGGCUGGGAGAUUCAUCUGACACGGAGCCUGCUGAUCUUGACCGGAUGUCAGUAGCAUCUGAGGCCUCCACUGCUAGUUCCACAUCCAGGACAGGGAUGGCAAGAAGGGGGAUGUCCAGGAUAGAGGCUUUGGCACAGCCGAGGAGGCCGAGGGUGGGAUCCCCGUCAGCCCAGAGUGACUCAGAGGCCACUGUAACAAGGAGUAGAGGCCUGGGGGCCCGAAGUGUUGCAGGAGAUUACAGCAUCAGACAAGGACUCAGAGGGUCCAGUGCAACCUCAGUGUCUGGACCCAGAGCCAGGGCUAACAGCGCCUCCAAGCUGCCUGAUAAGGGCAAAGGUACCUCUACAUAUGGACAUGUCACACCUGCAUCUGGCACUCGAUGGCGCCGUGUGCCUGUGGACUAUGCGUCCACCUCGGAGGACGAGUAUGGCUCAAACCGCCACAUGUCCAAGCAGAGCCACGCACAGCCGUUUCUGUCUACUCGAGUAGCUCAGCUAGGAGGUUCAGCCCCUGCAACUCCGAAUCCUGCAGGCCUGGCUGCCCUGAAGCAGCACUCCAGGGAACAGGAUGAGUAUAUGAGAGACUGGACAGCACACAGCGAGGAAAUAGCCAGGAUUAGCCAAGACCUUGCCAAAGACCUAGCCAUGCUUGCCAGAGAAAUUCAUGAUGUGGCAGGAGAGAUCGACUCCGUUAGCCCUGCAGCCACUGAUCCUGGAGCUCUGCUGGAGGAGAGUGUAUUUGAUGACAGCUUGGACCUAGGUGGUCCCUCCGCAGAGCACAGCAGCGUCCUGGGAACCAACGGGCGGGCAGUGGAGCUCCGACCCCGGGGCUCUAGUGGACAGGGUUCCCGCUCCAUCCGCCGACAGACAUGGAACAGAGAUGACGCGGUACUGGACAGUUUACUCCUCGCAUCUGUGACUCAGCUGUCAACCAGGAUACGUCAGUCUGUUGAAAAAACAAGCUGCAAAAUCAGGAUCCUCUUCAAGGAUAGAGAACGGAAAUGGGAAGAGAUCGAGAACAAACUGCAGGCAGAGCACGACUCCUUACUACUGAAUAGCUCCAACAAGGAGAUUUCAACCAUUAUUCAAGACCUGAAGAGAGUGGAACGACAACUGUUAGUCAUUGACAUGAUGGUGGACCCAGACGGCACCCUGGAUGCCCUGUCCAGCCUGGGCCUCACCAGUCCCCUGGCUGACCAGAAGAUCAGCCCCGGGACUCAGCAGGGGGUGCAGGUUUCACACCCUGGAGCUGAAGCUUCCUCCUGCACGCUCUCAGCCUCCAGGCCUGGAGGACUGACCUCUGAAUCCCAUGGAUCCUCAGACCGUGCAGAGGUGGCAAAGCGAGACCCAGGGUCUAAACAGAGUUCAGAUCCAACAACUGACACACCAUGGAAAUAA